CCGAGACCCUGCUGCUGGAGGUUGUUUUCUUAUCAAUAUGUUUUAAGUUGAAUUUGCUGCUGUCACGCGCCAUUUCGCUCUGCUUUCUAUAAGAGAACACCUUCCCGGAAGUCGUCUGUAAGGACGUGUCUUGACGCAUGCUCAGUAAUCCAGGUCUCCAACAUGGGGGGGAGACGGGCUCUGAAGGCAGUGCUUAUUGACCUGAGUGGGACUCUCCAUAUUGAGGACACGGCAGUUCCGGGGGCACAGGAGGCGCUGAACAAGUUACGUCAGACAUCCCUAGCGGUGAAGUUUGUGACCAACACCACCAAGGAGUGUAAGAGAAACCUACUGGAGAGACUGCAGGGGCUCAAGUUUGACGUUCAGGAAAAAGAGAUUUUCACCUCUCUGACGGCAGCACGGCGUCUUUUAGUGCAGCAGCAGCACAGACCACUGCUGCUGCUGGAGGACAGCGCGCUGGAGGACUUCACCGGUAUAGACACCUCCGACCCCAACGCUGUAGUGGUUGGACUAGCUCCCGACCACUUCGACUACCAGUCCCUCAACAAGGCCUUCAGACUGAUACUGGAUGGAGCGCCUCUCAUUGCCGUCCAUAAGGCUCGGUACUACAAGCGUCAGGAUGGUUUGGCCCUGGGCCCCGGGCCUUUCGUUACAGGUCUGGAGUACGCCGCGGACACCAAGGCCACUGUAGUGGGCAAGCCCGAGAAGACUUUUUUCACACAGGCGCUGUCCGAGUUGCACUGCAGCCCCGAUGAGGCCGUCAUGAUAGGAGACGAUGUCAGAGAUGAUGUGGGUGGAGCUCAGAGUGCAGGAAUGCUGGGUAUCCUGGUCAGAACUGGUAAAUACAGGGCGGGAGACGAGGGUAAGAUCGGCCCUCAGCCCUACCUGACGUGUGACUCCUUCCCGGACGCCGUGGACCACAUCCUGAAGAAUCUCCUAUAGCUACAGCUUAAAAACCAGGUUCCACCUCCUGCAGCACAGAACCCUCAGAGGAUUUCAACUACGUGAACACCAUGAUGGGGCCAGGAUGAACACCAUGAUGGGGCCAGGAUGAACACCAUGAUGGGGCCAGGAUGAACACCAUGAUGGGGCCAGGAUGAACACCAUGAUGGGGCCAGGAUGAACACCGUGAUGGAGCCAGGGUGAACACCGUGAUGGGGCCAGGAUGAACACCCUGAUGGGGCCAGGAUGAACACCAUGAUGGGGCCAGGAUGAACACCCUGAUGGGGCCAGGAUGAACACCAUGAUGGGGCCAGGAUGAACACCAUGAUGGGGCCAAGAUGAACACCAUGAUGGGGCCAGGAUGAACACCAUGAUGGGGCCAGGAUGAACACCAUGAUGGGGCCAGGAUGAACACCCUGAUGGGGCCAGGAUGAACACCAUGAUGGGGCCAGGAUGCUCUUAACCCCGGGUGGUGCAGUCCCACCAUGGUGCUGCACACAUACGAGAUCCACAACAGCUGUUGCAGAGUACUUUUUGGUUCCCGGUUGGGAUAAUGAAGUUGUGUGUCACAAACCCAAUCACCUGGUCUCAUCUUUGACCCGCACCCUCUGAACAUGUACCGCUACUAGUUGAUUUUGCACUGCAGGACCUUGUGUGCACACGCCUGGCAAACCUCCACAUCUUAUACUGCGCACAAAACGCAACGCAACAUUCUGUCCACGUUGGUCUGGUGUGCAUGUGGCGCGUUACAGCGACGCGGUGGGAAAACAAAACCAGAACACGAUGAGCCUUAACUCUUCCCCCUCAGCUGAUCCUCAUUAUGCUUCCUUUGCAGGUCUUAAAACGUCUGGAAGUGUUUUGGAAAUCAAGUUAUAGUUUGUGUUUCUUAAAAAGUUUCAAAAUGCUUUAAAUAAGGUAUAGAAAAAACACUGUUCAGAUCUUACACACCUAAAUACACGAAAAAUGUAGACCCACUGUUGUAUUUAACUUGCUGCCUCGAUUCUCGUGACCACUCUAAUAGCGUGUCCUACUCAGACUUGCUGGCAAUAGGUACAUUUAUAUUUAAUUUGUUGCUACACUGCAGCACAGUGACGUGUGUACUUGUUUAGAAGAAGAAUAAAUAAAUGGGAAACGUGCAAAUAUAAGAUGGAGGUGAUGAAGAAACAAUAAAGAGGAUAAA